AUGGGGAGUAAGCACCCCAUACGCAUUGAUUUAUUCGACGACGAAGUAGAUUCCAUCCGCAGCUUCAACCCCGAAGACCAGCUCACCAUCAAGCAGCUGGAAAAAGGUCGCCGCGAACAUUUACUCGGGCUUUUACGUGACCAUCAAUAUCCCGCCAGCACCAGCAGCGACUGGCAAAACUUCUUAGAAGGCAGCAGCAAACUCAGCGUUACCAUUGCACCGCUAGAAGAUGGCCUCUGGCUAAAGAAUGAUGAGCAACAAGGCGAACUGGCGAUCAUUCCUGAAGGGCUAUUAUUUGGCCAACAAGUCCAGCAAAAACGCCGUCGCCAACGCAAAGCCACCCGUGAUGCUGAAUCCAUUAUCAGCAACCUCACCGACCUUAAUGACGGCUCGCCCGUGGUACAUGAAGAGCACGGUAUUGGGCGUUAUUUGGGUAUGCAAAAGCUCACAACUGACGACAUUGAACAAGAAUACAUUACGCUUGAAUAUGCCAAAGGCGAUAAACUCUACGUCCCCGUUGCCUCCCUACACCUAAUUAGUCGCUACAGUGGCGCGAGUGCCGAAAAAGCGCCCUUACACAAGCUGGGCACCGAUUUAUGGGAUAAAGUUCGUAAAAAAGCCGCACAACGCGCCCAUGAUAUCGCCGCCGAGCUACUCGAAAUCAAUGCACGUCGCGCCGCCUUAAAAGGUCAUGCAUUCGAGAUUGAUGAGAUCGAUUACCUGGCUUUCUCAGAAGCCUUUCCUUUUGAAGAAACCCCCGAUCAGGCACAGGCCAUCGAAACCGUUAAAAAUGAUCUGGCCUCAUCACAACCGAUGGAUCGUGUGGUCUGUGGUGAUGUUGGCUUUGGCAAAACCGAAGUGGCGAUGCGCGCCGCCUUCUUAGCCGCCAACGGAGGCAAACAAGUCGCGAUGAUUGCUCCGACCACCCUACUAGUGCAGCAACACACGCAAAACUUCCGCGACCGCUUUGCGGAUUGGCCAUUUGAAAUAGAAACCCUAUCGCGCUUUCGCACCCCCAAACAAACCAAGAAAACCUUGGUGAAAUUAAAAUGCGGUAGUGUCGACAUCGUUAUCGGUACGCACAAACUAUUGCAAAGCGACAUCAAAUUCAAAGAUCUAGGCUUAGUCAUUAUCGACGAAGAACACCGCUUUGGGGUACGUCACAAAGAACAGCUCAAAAAGCUCCGCGCCAAUGUUGAUAUGCUCACCAUGACCGCCACACCGAUUCCGCGCACCUUGAAUAUGUCGCUAUCGGGCUUGCGCGAUUUAAGCAUCAUCGCCACGCCUCCUGCGCAACGCCAUGCGAUCAAAACCUUCGUCAAAGAAUGGGAUAAAGCGCUGAUACAAGAAGCCUGCGCCCGCGAGCUUUCACGUGGCGGACAGAUUUACGUACUGCACAAUGAAGUCAAAAGCAUUCAGAAAAUGACCGACGAGUUACGCAGCUAUCUACCCAAUGCCGAAGUGCGCUUCGCCCACGGGCAGAUGUCGGAGAAAGAACUCGAAA